GCAUCCGUGAUACACAAUUGAUUCGUAUUGUGAACAGCACUUGGUUGGGUACAUAUCCGUUACCAGAGCCAUUUAACGUUAAACAGGAACAAAACGAUCAUUGUUGUUGUCUCCAGCCUCGGUGUGUGAUAUUUCUUCCGUAUUUGUCCGUCGACGUAGCCGUGCCGUGUUUAUCUAGGAUCGCCCUUGGAAAACCUUGCGGUGAAGUUAUAUUAAGAAAAUCAAAAAAAAAGAAUGGUUCAACAACGCAAUUCAUUGUAAAAAUUUUCGAAGAAUUUUUCGAAAACAUUGCAUCAUCAUCGUCGGCCGUAGCAAUAACCGAGGAUCAACAGUUUAUUCUCCAUUUCUUCAUAGAAUAUCAACUCAAAAAUCCCUCAUCAUUAUUAUACGACAAGGGCGCGUAG